AAAGGAAAUAUUUUUUUGACAUUAAAUUCAUGCGAACUUUGCUCCCCUCCAUCAUCUCAUAAUUGACACAACAACAUCUUACACGUUUUCGCUGUCUUUUCUUUUUCUUUCUCUAUCUUUCAUUGAAUCUUUUUCUUUUCAUUCUCCAUAGAUAUUUCUUUUUAUAUUUUCUUCUCUUUGGUCCUUUGCAUCAUCAUCAUGGAUUCCAUGUCUUCUCUUCCAUAUCUUUUCAUAGAUAAAAGUUGAAACACGGUUUGCAUGUUUUUGACUCUAACACGUUGUAUUGUAUUGUACUUAACAUAAUAAUAAGAUCUCAAUAUCUUUGGUUCAUUUUUCUCUAGUUUGUGCACAAUUAAAGAGUUUUUUUUUUUUAAUAUAUUUGGUUCCUUGGUUGAUUCGAAAACAAAAUCAAGGACCAAGGGAAAAUCAAACAUAACAAAGAAAACAUGUUGCAGAGAGCAGCUAGCAAUGCAUAUUCAUGGUGGUGGGUUAGCCACAUCAGAACAAAGCAAUCAAAAUGGAUGGAGCAAAACCUUCAAGAUAUGGAAGACAAGGUGCAAAAAGCUAUAAAACUCAUAGAGGAAGAUGGAGACUCAUUUGCAAAGAGAGCAGAAAUGUAUUACAAAAAGAGACCAGAGCUAAUAAGCUUUGUCGAAGAAACAUACAAGGCUUACCGAGCUUUAGCCGAACGAUAUGAUCACAUAUCAACGGAGUUGCAGAAUGCUAACAACACUAUUGCUUCUGUCUUUCCGGAUCGAGUCCCAUUUAUGGAUGAAGAAGAUGACGAUGGAUCUCUGAGGACUCAUAGAAAAUUGCCCGAAGGGUUCAAAACAAACAUUCCAAAGCCUCCCGUUAAAGAUUUAAAAAGUGUUGUAACAGCAGCCACAAAGAAAUUUAAUAACAAAAAGAUCACCAAUGCUGCUGCUACUUCUAAAGUUCCUAAAUCUGGAUUGAGCAGAAAGGAAGCACUUGAAGAGGUUGACAAGCUACAGAAAGAGAUUCUUUCUCUACAAACUGUGAAGGAGUACGUGAAAAGCUCUUACGAUAACUCAGUUGCUAAGUAUUGGGAAACCGAUGAAAAGAUCAAGGAAUUACAAGAGAAAGUUUCUGUUCUACAAGAUGAACUUGGAGAAGGUAUAGUUAUCGAAGACGAUGAAGCGCGCCGUUUGAUGGCAGAAGCUGCUCUUAAAUCAUGCCAAGAGACAUUAGAACAAUUGCAAGGAAAACAGGAAAAAUCAGUUGAUGAAACCAAAGUUGAAUCCAAAAGGAUAGAAGAUAUCAAGGCCAAAUUAGGCUCUCUCAUGAAUGAGUUCCAAUAUGAUCAGAGCAAAUCCAAAAACUCAAGGGUCAAAAGAGAUGUAAAAAGUAUAGCAGAGAGAAAGGACUUGGAAAAAGAUGAGGGUAGAUCGACUCAACAGAAACUGGACUUGCACUUAUUACAGGAGAAGGUUAAAGUACACUUUGACGCUAGCUCCAAUUCGUCUGUUGCUGCGACAGAAAUGGCGGAGAAGAUUGAUGAGCUUGUGAACAAAGUGAUCGGUUUGGAAACUUCAGUUUCAUCUCAGACUGCUCUAGUAAAUAGAUUGAGAACAGAAACUGAUGAACUUCAAGGCCAUAUUCGAAAUCUGGAAGAUGAUAAAGAAAGUCUGAUCAAAGAUAAAAAUAAAUUGAACGAUCAACUGAGAGAAAUGGAACAAAAGAUGCUCGCGGUACAAGAUUUAAACCAAACUGUUGAAGAUCAGAAUAGCGAUCUCCAAAUCCAUUUCACCGAAGCGCAUGGUAAUAUUAAUCGUCUCUCAGCGGAAGUCCAAAGUGUUCAGUCAAGUGAGAAGGUUAAGGUUGCAGAUUCAUUGCAGAUACAAAAGAAUUCAUCAGGCCAGGCUGAAUCAAAACAUGAACCUGAAGGCGAAGUUCCAUUGAAUAGAGACAACGUCUUACUGAAUGAUGUAAAGAAGUCAGAAGAGGAACAUAAUGGUUUGUUAGAAGAUGCAGUAAAUUCAAAUAAGGAGCAGCCAAAUGAGGAGAUUAAGGUUGCAGAUUCAUUGCAGAUACAAAAUAAUUCAUCAGGCCAAGCUGAAUCAAAACAUGAACCUGAAGGCGAAGUUCCAUUGAAUCAAGACAAUGUCUUACUGAAUGAUGUAAAGAAGUCAGAAGAGGAACAUAAUGGUUUGUUAGAAGAUGCAAUAAAUUCAGAUAAGGAGCAGCCAAAUGAGGAGAUUAAGGUUGCAGAUUCACUGCAGAUACAAAAGAAUUCAUCAGGCCAGGCUGAAUCAAAACAUGAACCUGAAGGGAAAGUUCCAUUGAAUCAAGACAAUGUCUUACUGAAUGAUGUAAAGAAGUCCGAAAAGGAACAUAAUGAUUUGUUAGAAGAUGCAGUAAAUUCAGAUGAAGAGCUUAAGAUUGCCAAUAAUUUAGAAAAUGAGGUAACAUCAGAUGACAAGUUCAAGGUAACUGGUUCACCACAAAAUGGUGUACACACAGAAAAUAAACUUGAGGUCCCUAGUACCUCAAAAAUGGAAGGAGCAACCGAAGUGGAAAACAACCCUCCGAAAGACUUGAAAGAACAAGAGAAGACUCUUAAUCCUGGAAAUAGUGAUGGAAAAGACGCGGUCGCUAUGAGUACAAUUUCAACUACUGAAAAUCAUUCUUCAGAGAGUUUUGAGAAACUGCAAGGAAAUGAUGUGGAGCAAGGUUCGUCUAAGACAGAGAGUACUCUUGAAGUUGAUCAAAAAAAGCAUGCAACAACACCAGAUGAUGAACCUGAUUGGCGACAAAUGUUUUUGAAUGGAAUGCAAGAUAGAGAAAAAGCUCUUCUAAAUGAGUACACUAAUACUCUUCGGAAUUACAAAGAUGUGAAGAAGAGGCUCACCGAAAUAGAGAACAAAAAUCAAGACAACCACUCGGAUACUUGCUUGAAGUCACAGUUGAAUGAACUGAAGACAUCUAAUUCCAUGAAAGACCAAGAGAUCAGAAUUUUACAUCAGAAACUUAGUCUUUUCCAGACAACCUUGGAGGGAAAUGAGGACUUGGCUGACUCAACUUCAUCUCUGCCACAAGAACAAGAAGAACGUGACAUCGAGAAACUUCUAAAAAUUGAUGAACCUUCAUCUAUAUCAGCUAUUGAAGAGAAGUUCAGAUCCAGUAUGGAUGAAAUUCUAGAAGAGAACUUAACUUUCUGGUUAAAAUUCAGUACAACUUAUGCCGAGAUCCAGAGGUUUGAAACCACUAUUAAAGAUUUGCAAUUCGAGGCAUCAAAACUUGACAAAAAAGGGAAGUCUUCAGAAGGUAGUGGAACUUCAGCGCAAUCUUUAAAAUCAGAUGCACGACCGAUUUACAAACACCUGACAGAGAUCCAAACUGAAAUAACAAUCUGGUUGGAAAAAUGCGCCUUGCUGAAAGAAGAACUACAACGUAGAUUCUCGUCUUUAUGUGUUAUCCAAGAGGAGAUAACAAAUGCAUUGAAAUCCAGUGCUGAAGAUGAUGAUUUCAGGUUCACGAGCUAUCAAGCAGCCAAGUUCCAAGGUGAGGUUUUGAACAUGAAACAGGAAAACAAUAAGGUUGCUGAUGAACUUCAAACAGGUCUAGAUAUUGCAACAUCUCUUUCACUUGAAGUUGAAAAGGCACUUGUAAAGUUGAAUGAUCGAUUUGAAUUAUCAACUUCAAAGAGACAAGAAAGUGGAAACCUAAGACAGUCAGAAAAUCGAGCCAGGGUUCCUCUCAGGUCAUUUAUCUUCGGCUCGAAACCAAAGAAACAAUCCAUAUUCUCCCUCAUGACCCCUGGAAUACAAAAGAAGCUCAAGGCUGCCAAGGAUCAGAGUCAUGCAUAAAAUAUUUUCCUAGUUUCCUAUUUGUUUCUUUGAACAUUCAUCACUUUUUUAAAAAAAUUAUCGGUUUCAUUAGAUAGUGGAUUGAGAGUGUCUUUUGACCCUAAAGGAAGAGAUUCAUUUUUUUUUUAUUACUUGUCCAUAACUGUAAGCAGGAAGUAUGGCAAAAUGUGGUAUUUGGUUUACUUCUUA